AGGCAGUGGGUUGACAUAAUGAGUCACUUACAAAUGAAUGAAAACUGCAACGGACAGAGGAGGACCUCUAGGUUGAAAAGACGCCGCGCAGAGGACCCCGGGAAACGGUCAUUAAUUAUGGUGGGGGAGGGGGCCCAGAGCGGCACACAUUGACCUAUGACGUCAUCGGGACGUUAAAUAGCGUAACAUCACCUGGACGUAGCUCCAUUUCCCUUCCUGGACAUGUCCUCCGUUAGUCGGGCCCGGUCUGAAUCAAGCCUCUUAUUGGCUAUUCGCUCCGUCAAUUUGUUUCAUUCUUCCAGUCUUCCGCUUCCUGAGUCCGCUUCUGAUAGGAUGACGCGACCGUCACUUCAGAAAAGUCCGCAUUCCUUCCGCCUUUCUCCAGGAGACCGAGGGCAAGGAGGGUGGAUCCCAGUCUGCGCCCACCUCGGGGGCUCUGUUUCCGCCUCUGAUUGGCUCUUCUGGGUGCCGGUCGCUACGCCACUCGCCGCUGAUUGGCCACCUGGCAGCCGCUCUGCGCGGCACCGGCUCCGCCCCCGCAGGGUGUUUGUGGUGGGGUUGCGGAGUCGCCGAUCCCGCCGGAAGCGCCAGGACAAUGGGGACCCGGGACGACGAAUACGACUACCUAUUCAAAGUGGUGCUCAUUGGGGACUCGGGCGUGGGGAAGAGCAACCUGCUGUCCCGCUUCACCCGCAACGAGUUCAACCUGGAAAGCAAGAGCACCAUUGGUGUGGAGUUUGCCACCCGCAGCAUCCAGGUGGACGGCAAGACCAUCAAGGCGCAGAUCUGGGACACCGCCGGCCAGGAGCGCUACCGCGCCAUCACCUCCGCGUACUACCGCGGUGCAGUGGGCGCAUUGCUGGUAUAUGACAUCGCCAAGCACCUGACGUACGAGAACGUGGAGCGCUGGCUGAAGGAGCUGCGGGACCAUGCUGACAGCAACAUCGUCAUCAUGCUGGUGGGCAACAAGAGCGACCUGCGCCACCUGCGGGCCGUGCCCACUGAUGAGGCCCGCGCCUUCGCAGAAAAAAACAACUUGUCCUUCAUUGAGACCUCGGCCUUGGACUCCACCAACGUAGAGGAAGCUUUCAAGAACAUCCUCACAGAGAUCUACCGCAUCGUGUCACAGAAGCAGAUAGCAGACCGCGCAGCGCACGACGAGUCCCCUGGCAACAACGUGGUGGACAUCAGCGUCCCGCCCACUACCGAUGGACAGAAACCCAACAAGCUACAGUGCUGCCAGAACCUGUGACCACCCCGCACCUCACCCGAGUGUGCGUGCACGUCCUCGUCCUCUGCCCUCCCCUCACCGCGCUGUCCUCCCUGCCCUGACCCUUUCUGUCCCUCCGUGACUGGCUCCCACCCUCCCACUGAGCUCCGCACAGCCAACUGGGGCUUCGGAAGAGCAGGAGUCAAGCGGCACCUCCUGUCCCCCCCCCAGGAAAGCUCAAAGCCCUGGCUGCUGCACCUGCUCUUCUUGGGUCCCACUGGGCUUCUGGGCGGGGCAGAGAGGGUGGCCCGAUGGACAGGGCCAGCCAGAGGCAAGAGGAUGGGCACGCUGAACAGGCUUCUCCAGUUUUCCACAGCAGACUCCAGGGAGCAUUUGCCUCCCUCCCUCCCUGGCCAGUUGGCCCAUCUGGCCUCAGUCCCCACCUAGAAACCCUCUAUGGGCUGAAGCCUGAAGAGUAUGUGACCCGGGGGCCAGGUAGGCAGACACAGGCUCCCGGCACCCCACUCCCCACGCACAGCCAGCACCGGCACAUGCCUUUGACCUCCAGCCUCUCCCGUGCGUGCGUGACUCCAGCUCCUGCCUGUAGAUUUAUGCUGGGAGAAGACCCCCCUCCCCAUGUCCCCUCCUUUUUGCACGCAGCGCGCUCCCCACCCUUCCCUGUACCCUUCCCUCUGUCUUGUCUCCCUGUCUGGUCAGGAAUCUAUUUGCAAGUGAAGCAAUAUCUCCGUGUUUUGUAUAUACAACCGCUCUUGUAGCCUUUCGUUUUUUUGUUACUGUAGAGAAACAGAUUCUUUAUACACUUUGUAAGAUUGACGCCAAACCCCAGCUCUCGGAUCUCUUAUUCUCCCUGUGGCCCGUCCUGCACUGUUGCCCGAUGCUUCAUUUCUCUGGCCCAUUACUAAAAUGUAUAAUCCGACUUCCUGGACAGAAACCUGCCGCUGCGCCUUUGUCUUCUUUCUCCCCUCCCGAUGGCCACCCCUGAGCCAGGCCCCUCCCUGCUCAUGUCCUGCGGUGGGCUGCACUGCCCUGCUCAGUCUUACAGGGAGCUAGAAGACUAGGCCUGAGCCCCGCCCAGGA